AUGGGGGACGAUCCGGGAAGGCUGUAUCGACUGGAUGGAGUUGCUCAUAUAGCCGGGGUGAUCAACGACGAGGCGGUUUUAUUUGCGGUUUAUGUUAGUGGUUUUGGAUUUGUUGUUAGCCAUGCGGUUUAUCCCCGGCGUUGCAUAUCGAGCAUGCGGUGGCAGCAGGGUAUGCGACUUGAUGAGAGGUACGUUCCGUACUUGCAGAUGGCCGGACUAUACCAUCUUGCGAGACUGAACGACAGAUGGUUCAGACUGGACGAGCCCCUCGACGUCGCGUAUCAGUUGGGCCUGCCGGUAGAUGGACGUUACGUCAGUGGUUGCCUGACAGACUUCCACGUAUACAUAGAGGGUGGCAGGCCAGCUUGGCAGUGGUUCUAUGAGUUGCUCGGUGUGUUACCUCCCGCGAACCAGAUACAGAAGUUUGCAGUGAACUGCACCUGGUUCCAGAAGACCUUUGGAGAGUGCCCCGAGGGGGCAGAUGAGGAGACGCUGUUUGCCGACAAGUCCGGCAAUCGUAUUCACAUCAGGUGGUUACCGUUUGUGGCUCGGCUAGAGGAGAUAGGUGGCUAUAGCUGGGGGUCGGCGGCACUAGCAUGGUUGUAUCGGUGCAUGUGCCGAGUGGCCAACAGACAUGUCGUGAAGUUAGCUGGGCCGUUACAGUUACUUCAGUCUUGGAUCUUCUGGCGGUUUCCUGGUUUAGGCCUGCUGGCUACGAUGCGUUUAGCUGGUCCCUUGCCUCUAGGUGGUCAGGAUACAAUCCUGGAUUAG